AUGAAUGGUGCAGUCGAAGUAGCCAAUAAGAACAUCAAGAAUAUUGUGGGAAAGAUGACUGAAACUUACAAAGAUUGGCAUGAGAAACUACCGUUCGCUCUCUAUGCUUAUCGAACAUCCAUCAGGACAUCUACUGGGGCAACUCCUUUCUCAUUGGUCUAUGGAAUGGAGGUGGUUUUACCCAUCGAGGUUGAGAUUCCUUCCCUCAGAGUUUUGGCAGAAGUAAAACUGGAUGAGGCAGAGUGGAUCCAGUCCCGAUACGAUCAGUUGAAUUUUAUCAAAGAAAAGAGGCUGAAGGGCUAUUAUUUGGAACUAACUAAACAUAAAGAUUGGAAACACUUGAAAAGGAAGAGUUUAAAUUGGGACUUCCUCUUCGGGUUUUCUGAUCAAAGAUCUAAGCUGAAUAAGAAGACUGGGUAUCGAUUCAGUGAAAGAACCUUGAUGAAUAGAGAGCAAUGA